AGAAAGGUGGAGCUACGGUAUUAAGAAUGUAAGCUCCUCGCUUAUAUAUACAGUGUAUAUAUGUUAUAUAUCAGAUAACUAGUCAGAUAAAGUGGCGAUCCGUCCAUCUUCCUUACUGUACGAAAACUCCGGUUUUACACAGUAAAACUACAUGUUGGAUGGAUUAAAAGAACCCCAGCUUGAAGAUGAAAUAACAGGGUGAAAGAUUACGACAAAAUCGAAUGAACGGUCUUUGUUGUAGUAUGGAUGGAUGGACUGCGUUAGACUGAACGAUAUGCUUCUCUCCGUGACACCGCUGCAUGGUCUGAUUUUAUUUUCCUUAUUCUGCGUAAAAAUAGCAGGUGUAAAAGUUAUUGGCCAUGACACAGCAGUCAUAUAUGGAGAAAAUGCCACAUUGUUGUGUCAGCUGACUGAGUUUGCUGAAGAUGCUGAUGUAACUCGUAUCAUAUGGAAGAAGAAGACACAAGAAACUGCUGAAGAGAAGACCUUCUUUUCCAUUCGCCCAGGUCACAAAACUGAACACUCAAAUGGAUUGGGGGACAGAGUACAAUUCAUUGGGAACUUUACCGAGAAAAAUGGAUCAAUUCAGCUACUUAGAAUGAGGCUUCUGGAUGAUGGGAUCUAUACAUGCAUCUUCAACUUAUUUGCUGUUGGGACAUUUGAGACUAACAUCAAUGUCACAGUUUUUGCUCGUCCUGCAAUCAAUGUAAGAGGAGAGGUGCCUGUUGCUGGUUUUACAGUGGCCACCUUGGUGUCAUGCUUUGCCUCUAAUGCGUGGCCUGCAGCAAAAGUGAUAUGGAGAUUAGGAGAUCUAGAAAACUCUCUGACGCCUGAAAUCAACUCUACAGUGAACUCAGAUGGGACUUUUACUGUUGUGUCCUACCUACUUGGUGUCCCAUUCAAACAUUUAAACAAGAAGAAUGUCCAGUGUGUGGUGAAACACAACACCCUGAGAGAUGAAAUUGUGCUGAACUAUGCAAUAAACAUCCACUAUCCACCAGAAUCAGUUGUUAUCAUUCCUGACAGUCCAACAAACAUUAAAGAAUUCCAGUGUAAAGUGGAUAGUAACCCAGAACCAACCAACUACAAUUGGACUAGAGUGAAUAAAAGUGAUCCGUAUUAUGAAGGUAAAAAGCUUCCUGUACUAAAUCUGACCCCUGACUUUAAUGGCUUGUACAUCUGUCAUGCUUCAAACCAGUACGGAAGUUCAAUAGGAUCUCUCUAUGUGAAUGUUCAUACAGAAUCCAACGCCACCUGUUGGAGUCUGUUGGGUGUUUUCAUCUGUGCUUUUCUUGUUGCUGUAUUCAUAUUCAUAUUCAUAUGGAAACAUAAACAGGAACGGAUUCCAGUAGCACAGGGUCCCGAUGAUGAAGAAGUACAGGCUGGUGAAGAACUCCAAACCAGAUGAUCAGACUAGGGUUUAAUUGUGAUUUGUCAUUACUGCUCACCAGUAAGGUCGAAUGCUCCUCACCAUCUGUGCCUAUGACCAAACAAACAACCGGCUUAUUGACACAAUGUGUUAUUCAGUUGUGUACAAAAAAAAGGGUAGGAAAGUACCUUCAUUUAAAAAAAAUUAUAAAAGUGAUGACAUAUAACAUUUCAAGUCCCUACUAGAAUCAAUGCCUGAGGACUCUCUACCCAAAAACGAAAGUUCUCUCAUUAUUUACUCAACCUCAUGCUGUUCCAGGAAAAAAAUAUGACCUUCUUUCCUUUGUAGAACACAGACAGAGAUUUUUAGAAAUAUAAGCCAUCGCACUGAGUCAAAAUGAUCAAAGUAAUGCACAUGAUUGCAGUUAUGAAUCAAUGUCUUCGUAGGGGUAAGAUUUAAAAUUACUUUAUUAAUUUUAUCUGUGUUGUUUUUAAUGUCAAGUAGCCUACUUAAAUUUAACCAAAUACUUAAACCAGUCAGAAUACUUUAAACUGUUACCAAAAACAACAAACAGUUUAAAAAUAUAUAUAAAUUAUAAAUUAAAAAAAAGGAUAGGUCCGCAAUAUUAUGACAAAGUCAUUAUUGUCCAUUAUUGCUCUUAUAUUAAUGAUGGUUAAUAGAAUAUAUAUGUAAAAGCAUUUUUGUGUUUAGGGAAAUGUCACACCAUAUUCCUGCCACACUGACAAAUGUUUUGGUCCAUGACAUUAAUCUAAUCUAGCUCAAGUUAUACAAAAUCUUCCGUUAUAAUUAGUGAAGCUGCUAAAUUAAUGUCUUAAUUAUCAUUUCUGCACUUAAUUGUUUAUGAUGGGAGUUUUACAAAACACCGGCAUUUUCAGCUAAAUGCCUCUGAUUGGCUAUUGUGUUCAUAAACUCAACAGAUCGGUGUAUGAUUGGUUAUAGCGCUCAAUGCUGCAAAAAAAUAACGCUUAAAAAUCUGAAGCAAAAUGUGCAUAUAUAAAUGUAAUUUUGUGAAUUAACAGUUUCAUUAUUUUAACAUUUCAUUUUAAUCGCGACAGUCGUAGACCUAGUUUAAUUGUCCAGAGACCAUUUUGUUGACCCUUUAUCUUAAAUUUGUUGGGCUUUUUUGUUCAUUUUGGUGGCAUUUAUGCCACAAGCCAUCAUUAAUUUCUGACCCUGAUGAAUUUGCAGAUCUCAAUAAAUGAUUAAUAAAUAAAAUCAAAUAAAAUCUCAGUUUGUGUUCCACCGAAGCAGUGUUGCCAAGUUUCCCACAAAAUUCUGCAUUUUUUUUUAGCUAGUUUUGCUGUGAUUAUGCUAGAUUUAAGUAGCAAUUAGCCUGGUUUUCCCUUCACAGAAAAAAAAAUAAAGUCAUAUACAUCUGGAAUGGCAUGACGUUGAGUAAAUGAGAGAAUUCAAAGAAGGGAUCUGGCUAAGAAUGAUACCAAGAAUGAUAUUUUAAUGGCAAACACUGUCUGCAUUGAUCACUCAGUUCACUAAAUGAAACAUCCAAAUGUUUCAUUAAAAAAAAUUAUUUGAAUAAAAACACAAUUUGCAUGACAAGCUAGCAUCUAGCAGGCCUGAGUGCUUGGCUGUGGAGGAUACAGCAGCUCUUUAAAAUGCUGAAAAUACACUCCUCAAAAUGCUGAUAGCGCAUGAAAAAUACAGGUGCAAACAGUUCAGUGGAGUCAAACCAUUCCACACCACAGACAGUCUUGCAUCAGCAGCACUACAGCCAGAUACACAUAUCCUUCUGUUUGAGUAAGGAGCAUUGACAGGAAGUGGAACUUAACUGUCUUAACUGUUAAACGGUUUAAGGAACAGGUGGGGACUAGCGUAGUAACACACAAAGAUUACCCAAAAUAGAACAGUGUGUAGGCUACAGUAGUCAAAACAACAUCAUGUUUUGUACAAAACAGCUUUAAUGUGUAACAGGUAAAUGCAGGGUUAAACACUCCUCAUCUAAAAGUGAUGUGUUAGCUGCUGAAAUUAGUGUUACUGAGAUCAGUCUUCUAAGAUAACCAGCCAGAAUGUUUCACUAUGUAUUCACUAGAAUGGUUCUACUGUAUAAAAACAUUUUGUAUUUACAGUGCUGUGUAAAGUACAAAUUAUCAGGAAAUACAGAGUGAACAGGUAUUUUAUCAUUGUUUAUAGAUAAAACCAAUAGAAUUUAACAAACAACAUCUGGAAUAUGCAGUUUAUAAUGGUCCUACAUACUAAACAAAAAUGCCUUGUGUGAAAAAAGUACAACAGGUGCAAAUUAGCAGAACAUGGUUAAAGAGGAAGAUAUAACUGUUUACUCAUAAGCAUUCAAGUAAGUGAUAAUAUUGAGCUGCCUGAGGCCCACAGAAGAAAUCUUAUUGAAGAUCAGUUUGGAAAGGAAUUCAAGACUGCUAGCAAUCUAUCCGUCUCACAAAAUUCACCUAGAAAGCAAAGGGUAAGAUGCUUCAGUCAGUGUAAAUGUGGACUAGUCAACCAUUGGAAUUGGAUGGCAAAAGUCUGAUCUACAUAGAAUAAGGCAGUACUGAAGAUUGACAUUCUACAGACACAUGAAGAACAGUUUGUCUGGCCAUUAGGAGCAAAGAAACUUACAGUACUGUGAAGCAUUGAUGUGAAUCAUGAUGAUUGGAUUGUUUUACUGGUUCAGAGCCCAACAAAACUUUCAUCAUGAUGUCAACUAAUCCAAAUUUCACAGAAGAAUGCCUGAGGAGAACAUGUGAAACAGAUGAAGCUGAACUUCAAAAGUCCAUAAAGGAUUGGCUCAGAAGAAAGAUAAGGAGUUUGCAAAAAUCAAGUCAAAGUUCAGAUUUCAAUGUAGUGAGGAACUUCAGUGGGAAAUUUUGCAUGGAAGAAUGGGCAAAAUUUUGAAAGAAAGAUAAUAUAGUUAAAAUGGUGUAGGAUUUACUUUGAAGCAGUUUUUACUAGAAAUUGUAAAUUUCACAAAUAAUUACAAAAGACACCGAAAGUAAUCCACUGAAUUAAAGUACAUUUUUGAAGUAGACAGUUUGAAAUGUACAAAAAAUUCCAAUAAUCUUUUAUUUACAACUUAUUUUAAAGGUGCAGUGAGUAAUAUAUGCAAUAUAAUAUACACAACUAUGUUUUCAGAGGUGUAUAAAGACCUUACAUAAUGAAACAUUAUGAAUUAUAACCUCAGAAUGAGCUACUGUAUGUCUAUCUACAUACACCGCAGGUCCCCUUACAUGGAAGUCGCUAUUUUGUGCCGCAAUGUUUCUAAAGCAGCCCUAAACAGACAAAUUACUCUACAGAGCAUGUUUCGUCCCUAUGUUGUUCUUGCUAUGAAGCACUGACACAAUGCAAGACAAUUUUUAUAACAUUUUCAUUGUUAUUUGUUGUAUUAUCUUCAUCAAUCAAUACUGUUCAAAUCAUCAGUGUCAAUAUAGGUAGACAAUGAACACAUUUCAUUAUGGAGAGUACAUACCUAUUCACAGCACUGUAAGGCAAAUGUGUGUCAGUUUGAUAAGGUUUGUUAUAUAUAUGCCCAGCAAAGGCAUCUAACCACCAGCUUUGAAUGCAGUCGUAUGUGCUUAUCCACAAGGCAGGAAGCAACUGCUUAUCAACAGCCAUGUAAGAUAAUUCACAGAAAGAGUCACUUUCACUGACUUUUAAAUUAAAUGUUGCCUCCUGGUGGAAUGACCUGCCCAUCUCAAUCCGAGCAGCUUAGUCCUUAGCCAUCUUUAAGAAAUGACUAAAAACACAUCUUUUCCAUCUUUAUU